CUGCCUGGUGACGGCAAACAGAAGGGGCGGGUCUUCCCUGGGAGCCUGGCUGUGAUGGACAGGGAGUCUGAGACGUGGGCAGUGCAGGGGCUCAUACACCUGUGUACCUGGGACAAGCCGCCAUCAGAGGGACAGUCCACCGAGCACGGUCCCUGUCCAUCCCUGAUGGCCCAUGCUGGAUGGUUUCUGUAUCAAUCGUCUUCCCCGCAGCGAGCGACAACGAUGGACCUGUCACUCUGAAGACACCACACAAUCGACAAUAACUCGAGCAGCCAACCCUCACUAUGGUAACCCAGCUUGUCUCUCAAUGUCCUGCUGACACACAGAAGCUGGAUGGAGGACAGGGGACAACUGGAAGUGUCGAUGAGUCAGGCACCUUUUUGAAGCUUCAAAAUCAUCAUGAAGGCCAUCGAGCUACAUCACCUACUGGGAACCUCAAAAAGAAGCCGCGGUCUGCUGUGGAAAAGCACAAGCAGGAUGCUGAAGGGCGGAUGAGAAAAAUUAUGAAUGCUACCAUGAUCAACCCAGAGAGACUGAAGCUAGCCAAGCUUCUAGUGGAGAAAGCAAUUAAGCAAAAAAAGAUAUUCAGCAUCCACGGUCCAUACCCUGUCAUACGCAGCUGUCUGCGCAACCGCGGAUGGGUGGAGAAGAAACUGCCCGAGGUGACCAAAGCAGCGAGGAAAAAAGAGAAAUCUGCAGAUGAGGAGACAGAGGAGGAUGACGGCGAUGGGAGCGGCCAUGAUGAUGACGAUGACGAUGGUGAAGAGGAGGAUGAAAAAGAUUAUGAUCCUGAUGGCACCUAUGACCUUAUGUCAAGGCUUGUUCGCAACGAGACCCCCUAUUUUAUCUGGACAACUAGACGUGAUGCCGUGGACUGCCGCUUCCUGAAAAAGGACCAAAUGAUGAAUCACUACGCCAAAGCUGGUUCCUUCACCACCAAGGUGGGGUUGUGUGUUAAUCUUAGGAACCUGCACUGGUUUGAUGAAGCCGACCCUGAUUCUUUUUUCCCUCGUUGCUACAGACUGGGGGCCGAAGAUGAGAAGAGGUCUUUCAUUGAAGAUUUUUGGUUGACGGCUGCUCGGGGUAUUCUAAAGAGAGUGUCAGGAAGAAGCAGCAUUCCGGCUACAGAUCCAGAGAUCAUCACGUUGGUCCCAGAGAAUGCAACUAAUCCAAAGAAUGAACAAGAUGCCAAAAGAACAAAUAAACACGGAGGGCAUGUGCCAGCCCAGGUGAUCACUACCGCCAUCCAGGCCUGUGAGACCUACCUGAACAGCCUGAAACAUGAUGACAUUGACAUGGAAACAUACUCAGCUUCCGUCAUGAAAGACGCAGCGUGGGAAGCAUUUCUGCGUCAUUAUUAUCAGGUCAUCCAUGACGGGGCUGUGAUAGAUCAAUCUUCCUCCUAUGUGGACCAGUGUGAUCAUGUAUUAAGACGAUUGGCAGAAGUGAACCCACAGCUGGACAUUGAAGGAGACAGAAACAUCUGGAUUGUUAAACCAGGUGCCAAAUCCAGAGGAAGAGGAAUAAUCUGUAUGGAUCGCCUGGAGGAAAUCCUGAAGUUGGUGGAUUGUGAUCCCAUGAUCGUAAAGGAUGGUAAAUGGGUGGUGCAGAAAUACAUCGAGAGGCCGCUGCUCAUCUUUGGCACAAAGUUUGACGUCCGCCAGUGGUUCCUGGUGACAGACUGGAAUCCGCUGACCAUAUGGUUUUACCGAGAGUGUUAUGUCCGCUUUUCAACCCAGCCAUACUCCCUGGAGAAUCUAGACGUCUCCAUUCAUUUAUGCAACAACUCCAUCCAGAAGAAUUUUGAGAAUUCCCGGCAUCGUCACCCUCAGGUGCCUUUGGACAAUAUGUGGUCCAGUGACCAAUUCCAGGCCCAUCUUCAGAAGCUAGGAGAAAGACGUGCCUGGACCGACAUCAUUGUCCCAGGGAUGAAAGCCAUUAUCAUACACGCCAUGCAGAGCGCUCAGGAUGCUGUGGAGUUCAGGAAAAGCAGCUUUGAAUUAUACGGGGCAGACUUCAUGUUUGGAGAGGACUUCAAGCCCUGGCUGAUUGAGAUCAAUGCCAGUCCAACCAUGGCACCUUCAACGACAGUGACCACCAGAAUGUGUGCCAGCGUUCAAGAGGACACCAUACGCAUCAUCAUAGAUAGGAAGAACGAUCGCAACUGUGAUGUUGGCGGCUUUGAGCUCAUCUAUAAACAGGCUACAGUGGACAUCCCUCAAUACGUUGGGAUAAAUUUGUUAGUCGAAGGAGCCAUGGUGAAAAAGCCACGUGUCCCUCAUCUAAGACAUCCCAACAUCCUUGUCAACCAAGGCAUGACUCAUCUGAUCAACCACCAAAGAUCCCUCUCCAUGGUGCAAGCCAAGGUGUCCACAGCAACAAGUUUUGGUGGGACUCAUGAUACCACCAAACACCCACCCACCAUCCCGUAUUCAACACUCAAAGCAACUCAUCGUAGAAAAACUCCGCACACCUUGAGCAGGGCAAGGACCACAUUCGUCGAUAAAGAAAACAAAGCAAUGACAGAAGCUCGGUGUGGAUCCGAGAGCAUAGAGUUGGUCAGGCUUUCCGAUAGGCUCAGCGUUGACUACAAGGACACAAAAUCGCUUGUGCAUGGAGUAAGCGCGGCAAGAGUCAUACAGUUUCACCAACGCUUGCUCGCUGCUCCUAAGCUGUGUCUUUCAGAAAAGCCUCCUUUAACGAAACACCUGAUUGGACAGAAAGAUGCGUCACGCCUGGAUCUCAAGAUUACAAGCCUUGACUCGGGAGAAAUGCAGUUUCUUAAGAAGGCGUCAAGGGCAGGACUUGACCCUCAUCGGAUGCCCUGCCUGUUCUGUAAGGGGAUCUCCUCUCUGAAAGCCACAUGCAGCUGUUCCAAGAGCACCAAAUUCCCCCCGAAACCCAUCCGCAUCCAGCUGAACAAGUUCCACGGAGGAGCACAACAGUUCUCAGCACGGGGAACCGCCAUCGUCACAUCCCUGCUGCUAUGAACCUCCACUGUCUACCGUCUCCUCCCUGCAGAAAUGUGAUGGCGCCGGUUGUCCCAGCUCGGUGCAAAUAAAGUUUUAGAACUGCU